AUGGGUGACUGGAAGUCCCAGUCUCCCCCCGACUACAAUGAGGUCGUUGCAUCCGAUGACGCUAGCAACCAAUCCUCCUCCGCGGACGGCUUUCUCGCCACAAGCGAGUUUCAGGUAGAAGCCAUGGGAUACGACACCAACCAGGCACUCAGCGGCAAAUUUCUGGAGAAUAUUUCCGUCUACAGCGUGGAAUUUGGAGCACCCACACAGGAAAAAUACACCUCUAUCCGCCUAAAGAGCAGUUCCAACUCGUGCGCGUUGGUGCGCCCAUCCGACCCACGUCAGAAUGCUCUCAUUUCAACCAUCUAUCGUUGGGGCCCUGGAAGACACCCCAGGAUGCGCAUUCUACCCCGCGAUUCCAGUGUUUCGGUUGAGCAGGCCAUCGACGACGAUAAGGUGUGUGGAGAAUUGGUCGACGUCCAAAGCCGGUCGAUGGUUAGCCGUGCGCAGGUUUUCGACACGUCACUGGGCAAAUACGAGUGGCGCUACGGCAGUCGGGAAGAAAGAAAAGCCUGUAACGCAGAUUCGCUGCUGAUUCUGGAGCGCAUGGAUCGCGUCGUAUUAGGGGACGGUACCACGACUAAGAGCGGCGCCAGAGUCGCUCAGCUUAUUCGAAACGACCAAUUCCGCACCCGCGGCUCGGCUAGGUACUCCGGAGGGAAUGGUGGUCGCUUGGUGAUGGACCUGCGCAUGUGGGAGAAUGAGAAGCAUGCCGACACGGACGGCGUAGAGGCUUUCUUUGUGGCGAGUUGUAUCUUGAUGCUGAAGAGAGAGGCAGAUCGUUUCAUCGAUAAUAACAUCGUCGCCGUGACAUAA